GUUCGUUCGUGCGCGUCGUCGACGCCAGCGCCAAUAAGCGGAAUAGGCAACGGCAGCGGCAAACGGCAUCGAAAAUCGGCAUCGAAAUCGGUAUCGAAAUUAAACGCGAGAGCGUACUGAUCGAAUAGAAUACGCGCGCAGUGAAAUUUCGAGGAAGCGUUGAGCAGGUGUUUCGCAAAAACAAUAACAACAACAAUACGAAACGCAUAAACAAAUGCAAUUGGCAACGUUCUAGGGAACGAAAAGUGAUACAAAACAUAAAUAGAGUGCGCGAAUAAGUGUCUAAAGCGUGUGAGUACCAGCACAUAUCUUUCGGAAGCCCAAUAAUAUGGCCGAAGCAAAGAUAAGCACAGCAGCCAGCGGCAUGGAGCUGGCCCUCAAAGGCACCGCUCACAGUGUGGGCGGCCUCAUUGUGGACAUGACGCCAACGACGGCCGCCCUGCUGCACCACAAUGCGCUGGCGCUGCGCAGCCUGAAGGAAGCUGCCUCCGAGGCGGAGCUGACGGAGGCGCAACGCUCGCUGGCAACGACGCCGACGCCGACGCCGACAAAUCUGAGCACUGGGCCACACUCGCCGCCAAUGACAUUCCGUUGCGAACGCUGCGAGAACUUCGAGACGAGCUCGCGGGCGACGCUGCUGCUGCACGUGGUGCAGUGCCUGGCCGGGCAGGUGGUGGCGGUGCGGCUGAAGAGCGAGCAGAGCGAUGAGCCCGAGAACAUGAGCGUCAGUCACAUGGAUAGCUGCAAGCAGGAGCUGGCGACAACAGAUGCUGCGGCGGCAGCAGCAGCUGCAGCGACGGCGGCGGCGGCGGCAAAUGGCGCCGGGUCGAGCUCCUCGGCCAGCUCCUCGCCUGCGGGCAACUCCUCCUCGUCGUCCUCGCGCAAGGUCUUCGAGUGCGAUGUGUGCAACAUGAAGUUCUCCAAUGGCGCCAACAUGCGGCGCCACAAGAUGCGGCACACGGGCGUCAAGCCCUACGAGUGCCGCGUCUGCCAGAAGCGCUUCUUCCGCAAGGAUCACCUGGCCGAGCACUUCACGACGCACACCAAGACGCUGCCCUACCAUUGCCCCAUUUGCAAUCGCGGCUUCCAGCGCCAGAUCGCGAUGCGCGCCCACUUCCAGAACGAGCACGUUGGCCAGCACGAUCUGGUCAAGACGUGUCCGCUGUGCAGCUAUCGGGCCGGGUCCAUGAAAUCGUUGCGCAUUCACUUCUUCAAUCGUCACGGCAUCGAUCUGGACAAUCCCGGACCGGGUGGCACUUCCUCGCUGCUGCUGGCACUCGAGUCGCAGGCCUCGGCAGCGGCGGCAGCAGCAGCAGCGGCAGCGGCAGCCGCGAGCUAUGCACAGCCGCAGGUGGCACAGGUGGCCCAAUCCCAGGCACAAUCGCAGGUGGCGGCCAGCCAUCAGAGUGAUAGCGGCGAAUCGAUGCGCUCCUUGGAGAAUGCCACGCCUCCCAUGCACUUUCUGACGCCACAUGUGGAGAUCUCAACGCUCAGCGAGAGCGGCAAUACGGAGCUGUUCAAUCUUAUUUGCGUUUUGCGUGAAUCUUUUCUUCAACAGGGCAACAACAACAACAACAACACAAAUAGCAACAACAACAACAACAGCAACAGCAGCAGCAACAACAACAACAAUAGUAGUUCAACUGAGCUGGAAUCAAAGGAUCAUUCGCUGCUCCUGGCGCCCCAAGAGCUGCCCAUGGACUGCAAAGCCACGCCCAUUACGUCGAGCAGCGGCUCGAACAAGAGCCACGCUCACCACCAUCACCAGCUUCCACAUCACCACCACCACCACCACCAUCACGAGAAUCACAUAACGCCUUCGAUUAGUCUAAUACCCAUCAAGCAGGAGCCGCUGCCGCUGGACGAGGCGGAUAAGAAGGAGUCGCUCGAUGGUGAUGCCAAUAGCGAUACGGAAAGUGCUGCCAACAACAACAACAACAACAACACUAAUAAUAACAACAACAAUAGCAGCAGCAACAACAACAACAACAGAAUCACCUCAUUGAUUAAGGUUUCGCCUCUGAAGUCACUUCUGCGUGAGGAUCUGAAGCGUCGCAUCUGCGCCAAGGCCAACAAUCGAAUCACGCGUAACGCAACGCCGCUGGAGCACGAGCUGCAGCAGACGAUGCUGAACGGGGCUGGCGGCGGUGCCAGUGGCGCCUCGGUGGGUGGCGCCACGGCCAGCACGCCGACAACGCCAGCGGGCGGCACACACAACGGCAAUCAGAGCUCAACGCCCAUUUGCAAUGGAACGAUCACGUCGUCGGGCCAGGAGAGCGACCUCCAGCUGAACCGCAAACUGAUUCUCACCUGCCACUUCUGUGGCAUCGAGUUUCCCGACGAGACGCUCUACUUUCUGCACAAGGGCUGCCACUGCGAGAGCAAUCCGUGGAAGUGCAACAUCUGCGGGGAGCAGCUCAACAAUGUUUACGAGUUCAAUGCGCAUCUGCUCAGCAAGAGCCAUCAAUAGCAGCCACAGUUUGGCAGCCACUGACAGCUGGCAGCCAAUUAGACGAAUAGUAGAUAAAUAAGCAAAGAUAUAUAUACAUAUAGAAUUGCAUAUAUAUAUAUAUAUAUAUAUAAAGUAAAUUUAUAGCUAAAGUUGGACAGUCACUGAUGCUGCAGAGGAACAUACAGAUAUCGAAGCUUGACAGUUUGACAGCCAUUGGCAGCUGGCAGAGUAGCUAGGCAGACAGGCAGUUAAACUACAGUUUGACCGUCACUGACGACAGCUGACUGCAAACCUCAAAAAAUCCAGAAAAAAUGCCAAAUAAAAACCUAAAAUGCAGCUGACGCUACAGUUCGACAGCCACUGCCAGCAGGCAGACAACUAAACAAAAUCUUCCAAAUAUAUAGCUACAGUUUGACAGCAACCAACAGUCAGAUCAGUUAUAUACAUAUAAGAAAAAAAAAGUAAAAUAUAUUUCCACAGCUCAGACUACAGUUUGACAGCAACUAAAAGUUGACGGCCAGCCAGAAAAAAAUCUAGAAAAAUUGGGAAAAAUCACAAACUGGCGUUACAGUUGGACAGUGACUGACUGCAGACAGCCAAGCAAAUAGUUUAGAAAAAUAAGUAGACACAAAAAUUGUCAAAUAUAUAGCAACAGUUUGACAGACACUGAACGUCAGCUUUAGGCAAAAAGCGAAAUUUAAGGCAACGGCAUGGCUAAGGCUGCAGUUUGACAGUCACUGACAGCUGCAAAUCUAGAAAAAUUGGCAAAUAUAGAAGAGAACAACACAAAAGGCAGCUGACGCAGCAGUUUGACAGUCACUGACAAGUGGAGAUGAACAACAAAUGUCUAUAGCUGCAGCUACAGUUUGGCAGUCACUCAGUGCAAGAAGCAAACGAUAUAUCUGAAAGCUCAAGGCUAAGGCAUCAGUGCAGGAAAAGAAGAAGAAGCAGAAGUAGAAGCAGAAGGAGAGGAAUCAAUAAAUAAUACGCGCUAGUUUAAAAGUUUAUUACAAAAGUAAAGCAAAAAAAAGUUUAUACAACAAAAAAAAAAACAAAACAAAAAAAAAAUACCAGAAACAAUGAGAGCUACGUAGUUACCUAAUCCCACACAACAAGCAAGAAGAAGAAGAAGCAGCAGCAGCAGCAGAAGCAGAAGCAGAGAAGAGAAGUUAGAGUGAAUGAGUUACAGUUUGAGAGUUCUUCAAAAGAGUUAUCAAAAGAAAAGCGUAGAAGGAGAAGAGGAGUAGAAGCAGCAGCAGCAGCAGCAGCAGCAGCAGUUCUAAAACCCAUGCGUAAAUCCUGUUAUGUAGUCUUAAAUAAAGCAAAUUUUUUAGUCUUUAGUCGAGUGUAAAAAUAAAAAGGAAAAAAACAACAGAAAAGGCAAUAAAUUUGACAGCCAGUUUAACUGGCAGAUGUUUUUAGUGCAUGCCGGCGACGCCAGAGGGCGCCACCUCCUUUUGUAAACUUAGGCAUUUCUUCGAUAUAUACAAGCAAGCAGCUAGGCAAGACAACAGAUAUAUAUAUAUACAGAUCAGAUAUAUAUAUAGAUAGAUAUAUAUACAGUCUAGGCAGUAUGUCUGUGCACACUUUUGUCCAUAUACUUCACAUAUUGACCAUAACU